ACUUGAAAAGCUUAAGGUCAAAAUCUAUUUUGGGUUUUUCCCUCUUUAUGGGUCUCUCUGUGCCUCAGUAUUUCAGUAACUAUGAUUUAUUUUCUACUGAUGGCCUUCCUCAAACCAGCUCUAAUUGGUUCAAAAUCAUAAUGGUGGUUAUUUUGUCAUCUCCACCAACAGUUGGCACUAUAAUAGCUUUCCUUUUCUAUUUCACGCCUAAACCACCACCACCACCACCCCAGAGGAAGGUGCUGACAAUGGAAAUACCCAAGCAGGAAGAGCAGAAAUCACCCAAGAAGUCUCAACCAUUACCACAUUUACCACAUGUACCACCACCCGAGAAGGAGAUGAAGGCAGAAGAUGAGACGGAGGAGAUGAUGAAACAAAUCCGACUUGAGAUUAAAAAAACCUAUAAACGGCCUUCUAGUCUCAAAGAUCUGUUUUCGUGAUUCUAAUUUACUUGAUUUUAUUAGGAAGAGAAAUGAGAUAAUUGAGCCCAUUAGACUAGCCC